GCGUACAAUUUGGUAAAUUGGUUGAGUAUAGUCUGUUGAAUUUUGAAAACUUUAGUAGGUGAUUCAAUUUACUCCGGUCCGGGUAACUUUAAAAAUCUACUCGAUCAGGCCGAAUUACCCCCGUAACCCUAGCCAGGCAUCUCAUAUCUCUCUCUGCGUUAUUCCCUCCCUUCGUAGUCCGUUUAGCUCACUGGCACCCUCAGGUUCAUUCCUCAUCUAAUUAGUUUUGGUACUGUCUAAACACAUUGCCUGACAUAGUGACAUGGAAACUGAAGAUAUGGUCAUCCUGCCUAUUUUAAGUGAUUCUGAAACACAGCCUGAAAAUCAUGAUGGUGAAGAUUAUAAUUGUAAACCGAGCUUGAAUCCCCUGUCGGGAGAAGCUAAGGCUAUGGAAGAGGCCUCAAAUGGAGGAAUUUCCGAAAAUGGUGUCGGUGAUAUAAUUGAAGGACACCAGCUAUGUUUGGCUACAAAUGAUGGCAAAGAUUCUGAGAAUGGCGAGAAUGGCUGUCUUAUUGUUCCAGAAGAAAUCAAAACUGCCAUGUCUAGUGCCAAAAGACCAAGAGCAGCCCUUGGAAAAGAGCAACCAUCAGUCCACAUUAUUUAUAAUGCCCUUACCAUUGAGAGAAAACAAAAGCUUGAAGAGCUAUUACAGCAGUGGUCACAAUGGUGUGCUGACCACAACCCUUCAUUACAUGACUCAGAGGAAGCGUUAGAAUCUGGUGAGGAAACUUACUUCCCUGCUCUCCAUGUUGGUGUGGAUAAACCUUCUGCGGUGUCCUUUUGGAUGGAUCUACCAAGGAAGAAAAAGAAUAAGGUGUUAAUUCCAUGUGAUGCCAAUUCUGUCCCUAUUUAUGACCGUGGGAUCACAUUUGCUUUGAGUAAAUCAGACAGUUCAACUAAUUUGGAAGGUGCAGUGGAAGAAGUUGGUGCGUCUCGUUGCUUCAACUGUAGUUCCUAUAGCCACUCAAUGAAGGAUUGCAAGAAGCCUCACGACACUGUUGCCAUCAGCAAUGCAAGGAAACAGCACAGAUCCAAACGCAACAUAAAUGCAGCUUCUCGCAAUUCUAUUCGAUACUAUCAAACCUCUCAAAAGGGAAAGUAUGAUGGUCUAAGCCCGGGCUUUCUUGAUUCUGAAACCCGAAAACUUUUGGGCCUUGGGGAGCUUGAUCCACCUCCAUGGCUUCACAGAAUGCGUGAAAUAGGUUAUCCACCAGGUUAUCGAGAAGAAGACAAUCUUUCUUCAGGAAUCACAAUAUUCGGUGAUGAUGAAAUUAAGAAAGAAACAGGGAGGGGAAAUCUUGAGAAAUCUGUAGAGCCACCUAAGAAAAUGAGUGUUGAGUUUCCUGGGAUAAAUGCUCCAAUUCCAGAUGGUGUAGAUGAACGGCAUUGGGGUAUAUGGUCCUCAAGUGCUAUAGGUUCAAGAACUCAUCAUGACAUUAGACGUCAUGGUAUGACAUCAUAUGCUACAGAAAGGGGUCAUUCUCUUGAGCAGCAAAGGUAUGUUUGGAUAACUUCGUUUUCCAUCAAAUUUUAUUUCCUUUUCACUUUCCUCUGUUAUGUUUCUUUGGUACCGUCCACGUUCCGUACAGAAUGCGAUGGUCUGCUAUGGAUAUGAAUUUUGAAGGAGAUGUAACUCCACCACACCAUUUUAGGAGUUUCGAAGAUGUGGGCCAUCCAAUGCCGUCAUUUAGGGAUUUUGAAGUAGGACCUCCACCGCACCGGUUCAGAAGUUUUGAAGAUGUGGGCCCUCCAAGGCUGGCAUUUAGAGACUUUGAAGCUGAGGGUCGUUGUCUGAGGCAGUGGUUUAGCCAUUUUGAAGAAGAAGAAGCACCCAGAGAGUAUUGGUUUCAUGGGUUUGAAGGGGAAGGUGAUCCACGGCAGCAAUUCGAGUUCAAUGAUGAAUGGCUACCGGGCCCUGAUAACAGCCCAUUUUCUUACGGAUACCGGGAUUAUUAUGACUCAAAUUUCUGCGCAAUUGAUAGUUUUAGAAGAUCACCAUUGUCAUGCGAGCACACUUUCUUCUCCGGUUAUUACCCAAGACAUUGACGGUGGCAACUACGACUGUUUUGCAAAAGCCAGGGAGCAUCAAAACCAAUUCUUGAUACACAGUACAUUUUCCCAACAGAGUAGCAGACCAAGAAUGUUAUAACCCCGUUUGUUUGCCAAAUGUGGAUUCCUAGUCUCUUUUUUGUUGGAUUUUAGGGUGUGAUCAUGUUAAUUCGUGUAAUCAUGUACGUGGAAACAUGUCUUGACUUUUUUUAAUGUCAAUAGUACUAUAGUAGUCGAGUUUCUAACCAUGUUCU